AUGACAGAGUCUAUACCCAUAACUGCUUCAGAAAUAAUAAAUGAAGGGCCAGACGAAAAGCGCAAUGAAAGGUUUCAUUUAACCCCUGGCGAAAGAAUUCUGGCUUUGGUAUCAACAAGUGCAAUAGUAGGUGGAAUGGCUGGCUUUUAUGAUGGAGUAAGAACAUCUUCCCUUCGGUACUUAACCGAAAAUGCUCAUAGAUUACCGAAAACCGUGGGCGGUUGGUACUUCUAUCAUAAAAAAAAGAACUAUAUUAUGGUGGUCUCUGGGGUAAAACAAGCAUUGAAGACGGGGUUUAAAUUUGGUGGAGCAGUUGGUGGAUUUUUCGGUAUGGAAUAUUUAUUUGAUUCUGUAAGAGGAAACACCAUUGAUUUUAUGAACACUACUGCUGCUGCUCUUAUAACUUCCACCGUUUAUGCUAGAUUUAACCAACUAAGUUAUAUUCAAACUAGGAAGAUGAUAGUCAAAUGUUCAGCAUUGGGUUUGUUUCUCGGUUUGGCCCAGGAUUACUUAAUACAUGCUAGAAAAGGAAGAGUCUGGUAUUUUGAUAAGUACUUACAAGGAAAGCUGUUCGUAUAA